CGGAGAUGAUCAUAUGAGCGUGAACCAAACAAAUAUUGCUUUAUAUAACACUUCAUAACGAUGUAAAUGGGAAUUUUAACAACGAGUCAGAUUCGUUCAGCGAACAAAAAACCCAAACAGUGCCUGCCAUCCACUAUUGGUCAGAAAGGUCCAAGUGCCCACCUUUGUCCUUACACUAUUGGCUAUCCGUCUCCGAAGCUCAUCUCUGAUUGGGCAAAGCAUCUGUUGUUUCCGCUGCAUGUCAGCUUCACUGUGGCGUUUUGUGAGGACCUCUGUUGAUCCGAAUUCAAAACACAAAACCUCUGGAUCCUGAGUGGUUGGCCAUGGCGUCUGACUCCCCGCGCAGACCGAGCCGCUGUGCUGGUGGGGUUGUGGUUCGAGCACAGGCUGCGACAGAGCAGUCAUACAUGGAGAGCGUAGUUACGUUCUUGCAGGAUGUAGUCCCUCAGGCAUACACUGGGACACCUCCAAAUGAUGAAAAAGAGAAGAUAGUUUGGGUCCGUUUUGAAAAAACAGACAUCAAUGAUGUGGCUCGCUUACCAGAGUUCCAAGAGAUGCACGGCAGUGGCACUGACCCGCCUCUCUGCUUGAUGAUUGGAUACACUGAUGGAAUGCAGAUUUGGAGCAUAUCAAUGAACGGGGAAGCACAGGAGCUGUUCUCGGUGAGGCAUGGACCUGUGCGAACUGCUAGGAUCCUGCCUGCUCCUCAUAUCAGUUCCCUCAACACUGACAGCUUCGCUGAGAAACGGCCCCUCCUCGGCGUGUGCAAGAGCACGGGCUCUUCGGGGACAAGUCCCCCUUAUUGUUGUGUGGAUCUUUAUUCCUUGAGGACAGGAGAAAUGGUCAAGUCCAUACAGUUUAAAACGCCCAUCUAUGAUCUGCACUGCAACAAAAGGAUCCUCGUCGUUAGUCUUCAAGAAAAGAUCGCUGCCUUUGACAGCUGCACCUUUAUGAAAAAGUUCUUUGUCACAAGCUGCUACCCCUGUCCUGGGCCCAACCUCAACCCUAUAGCUCUGGGAAGCCGGUGGUUGGCCUAUGCUGAGAACAAGCUGAUCCGGUGUCAUCAGUCCCGUGGUGGGGCCUGUGGAGAUAAUGCCCAGUCCUACACUGCCACUGUCAUCAGUGCUGCUAAAACUUUGAAGACGGGCCUGACAAUGGUGGGGAAGGUCGUGACCCAGCUCGCCGGUACACUGCCAUCAGGGGCACCUGACGAGGAGGGCACUGCUCAUAGUGGUACCCGCCGCAGCCCUCACCAGCCUGGUGUGGUCACCAUCAUAGACACACACACUGUGGGAGAAGGACAGGUUCUUGUUAGUGAGGAUUCUGAUGGAGAAGGAGUGAUUGCGCAUUUUCCAGCACACGAUAAGCCUAUAUCCUGCAUGGCGUUUAAUCCGAGUGGUAUGUUACUGGUGACUGCAGACACCCUUGGCCAUGACUUCCACGUUUUCCAAAUCUUUACUCACCCAUGGGCAUCUUCCCAGAGUGCGGUUCAUCAUCUAUACACGCUUCACAGAGGAGAGACUGAGGCUAAGGUGCAGGACAUCUGCUUCAGCCAUGACUGCCGCUGGGUGGUGAUCAGUACUCUUCGUGGUACCUCUCAUGUCUUUCCCAUCAAUCCGUACGGUGGAGCGCCAUGCGCACGCACGCACAUGUCUCCACGUGUGGUCAAUCGCAUGAGCCGUUUCCAGAAGAGUGCCGGACUAGAGGAGAUCGAGCAAGAGCUGAGCAGCAAACAGGGUGGCCGGUGUAGCCCCAUUCCUGGCCUCUCUAGUAGCCCAUCGGGAUCACCACUACAUGCCAAACUCACCAGUCAAGAAUCCUUUAACAACUUCACCAACAACAACAUGGGCAACCCACGCCUGUCUCCGUUACCCAGUUUGACAGUCGUGCUUCCACUGGCUCAGAUCAAGCAGCCGAUGACCUUGGGCACCAUCACCAAGCGUACUGGCAAAUCCAAGCCCCCUCCCCAGAUCUCUCCCAGUAAGUCCAGCGGUGGGGAGUUCUGCGUGGCUGCAGUCUUCGCCUCCUCCCGCUCUUGGUUCAUCACCAACCCCAACAUGAAGAGAGAGAAAGAUCAGUCUCGGCAGGCUGUCGUUGAAUCACUGUACAUCCUGAGUUGCUACGGAAAUCUGGUGGAGCAUGUGCUGGAACCUCGUCCAAUCAGCACGGCGCAAAAGAUAGGCGACGACACGCCUCUGGAGCUGAACACCUGUCCGAGAGCCUGUUGGAAUCUAGCCAGGACACCGCAGUGGAAUGAGCUACAACCACCUUUCAACAGCAACCACCCCUUGGUGCUGGCCUCAGACUUCGUGCAGUACUAUCAAUACCUCCUGGCUGGAUUAGCUCCUCCUGGCAGCCCUGGCCCCAUUACCCGGCAUGAGUCUUAUGACAGUCUGGCAUCUGAUCACAGUGGCCAGGAGGACGAAGAAUGGCUCUCACAGGUGGAGAUUGUAACCCACACUGGCCCUCACAGGAGACUCUGGAUGGGCCCUCAGUUUCAGUUCAAGACCAUCCAUCCGUCAGGUCAGACCACUGUUAUCUCCUCCAGCUCCUCUGUACUGCAGUCACAGGGGCCCAGCGACACCCAGCAGCCUCUCCUUGAUUUCGACACAGACGACCUGGACCUGCACAGCCUCAGGAUCCAGCCGGUGCGUUCAGAACCCGUUAGCAUGCCUGUUUCCUCUCGCCUGGUGGCCGACCGUAGAGGCCAGUCGACAGUCAUAGAUACCGGCUCAGGUAUAUCCUAAAGGACGCUCUUUCUGCCGGUUAUCAUUUCCGCCUUUCCCUUUUAUUAUCAAUUAUUAUCAUUUCUGCCCUCUUUUUUUAAGCAUGCACAACCAAUCCAUCACUCCUCCCCUUUCAUCCUCCGUUCCUCCCUUCAUUUCCUUCAUUGAUUUACCAUCAAUAUGUGUGAGAGUGAAGAAGAAAGGAGAGGAGUGGAGAGAGGAGAGGCCGGGAGAGAGGAGGGCCGCAGCCAAGCACAACACCCCUGCCACCGGUGCGCAUAGGGGCGCUAGUACAAAAUGUGGAUCAGAAAGCAACUAAUGACCGCCGUGUAACAAACACUUACCUACAGUGCACACUGGCUCAUUUUUUGCACCCCUUUGGACUUUUCGGACUAAAAGUUGGCCUCAGAAAGAGGAGUGUUGCACAAUACCGAAUUCAGGGCUGUGCCACAAAGUAGGUGGCACCAAGUCAUGAUUUUACUGUGUUCAAACAUAGCACAAACAGAUCUGUCUUCAUUAGUAAAUGAGUUGGUCUGAUAGAAAUAAAAGCACAAAAAGCCAAAUAUGUGUGUCCAUUAACUCCCUUGAUCUGGUAACAUUUAUCAUAUAUAUAGCGGAGCUUCAACUGGUGCCAUGAAUGCUGAGCACCCACUGCCAGCUAUCUGGAUAUGUUCUGAAAUAUACAGCAAUAUUUAAAAAGAAAGAAAGAAAAUGCUUUAGAUUAGUAAAUACAAGUUAUGAAAAACACUGGUUCAAUUUCAUUAUUGCAGUUGUUUAAUAUAUUGAUGUUAUCCAGUGAAGCUUACAUCUAACAGUGUCCUAACCAGAUGCAACACCGUACAGUGACAAGGGAUUUCUCCUUUUUUAAUUGGUUUUUCUUCUUGACAGUUUUUCUGCUUUAGUGUCUGCUAUGCCAUUCUCUCUGUCCAUAAAGCCUGUGAGCCUUUAAAAAAAUGUAAUUUCUUAAUUUUCUUAAAAUGAGUUUCUUAUGCUCACAAAGGCUGCAUUUAUUAGAUCAAAAAUGCAGUAAUGUUAUGAAAAAUCAUUAACAUUUAAAGUAACAGUUGUCUUUUUCUUUCUUUUUCAGGUUUUGAUUGAUCGAAAGUUUAAAAUAACAGUAUUUAUUUGAAAUAGAAAUCUUUCGUGAUCUAUUACCAUCCGUCACUUUUGAUCAAAAUAAUGUGUCCUUGCUAAAUAAAAGCAUUGAUAUCUUUCAAAAAAAUCUUUCUGACCCCAAACAUUUGAACAGAAGUGUCACUUUGCUUAUUUUACAAUACUGUAAUUUUCUUUGCAAUUUAAUUCACUGUAAUUCUGCUUCCUUACUUUCAAACUCAAAACUGCAAUUCGUUGUGGACAGACAAAUUGCUUGUCACUGGUUAGUACACAGUGUUUUUCUAGCUUUUACCCGCAUACCAAAAAGCCACAAUCAACCACUGGUUAUUGCUUAGACUUUGCAGUUCGUAACAAAUAUUUCCAGUAUUGCUGCUCAAGAUGUUGUAAAAAUAUUAGUUGAAAUAUUAGUAAAAAUAGCCCCUGGCCAUGUUUGCCCUGUGCUGUAAUGUUACUAAUGCCAUGUGUAUGACUGGUGGAGUUGUGUCUAUAUUCGGCGUGCGUCUAGAAAAGACAAAUAAAAUAUUGAAAUAUUUAUGCUCAGAAAUGUUUUUUCUUUCUGCUUUUGUGCCCCAACUAUCCAUUUAUCUCGGCAUGUUUGGAGUGUGCAGGUUGUUUUGUACAUACACUAUCAGUUUGUUGGAACGCCACCUGCGAUGCUGGAAUAGAUUUUGGAUGAAACUUGUGUCUAACAGACCUCACUGACUUCAUGUGUGCACCCGUGUGUAAGAUACACAACAGUAGGACUGAAAAAUCGGAUGUGUUUGUGUGUGUGUACUGCAUUUUUAAUGAAUGGAGUCUCGCCAUGUUUGAACUUUGUAAUCAUCUGCAGGAUAUUGGCAGGCUGUUGUAACUUUGUGCUGUACCUAAAUUGUACCAAGUGUUCUUGUCUUUCUGUAUCCCCUGAUAUCACUGGAGUUAUUCCAAGAAGGUUGAAAUAGAACAAAAUCAUCAAAUGCUCCUAGACAUUCCUUAUAAGUUAGCAUCACCAUUUACAUGGAUGAAUAGAAGAUAUAUCAUAUACCUAAAGUACCUUUUUACCCAGCAAUAAAAGGAAAGUUCACCCAAAAAUGAAUUUGUCGUGAUUAUUUACUCACCCUCAUAUGUUCCAAACCUGUAUGGCUUACUUUCUUCUGUGAAACACAAAAGAACAUAUUUUGAAAAUUGUUGCAAAGAU